CAUCUCAUCUCGCUUCUCUCCCUCCCGCGACAUCAGCGGCGGCGCAGCGGUGGGGUUGGGGGGGUGGGGGGACGGCAUUGCGAGCUCACGCCACCUGCGGCGCGGCGAUCUCGGGAGGUUGCUGUGCCGCCCCGGCUAUGUAGUGAUCUGGGCCGUGAUCUCGACGGCUAUUCGCGGCUGAGCGGGCGGCGGCGAUGAACGGAGCGAGCGCCAGCGCUGGCGUCGGCACCGGCGCCGGCGCUGCUGGGGAGGCGCCGCUGGUGUACAAGGCCUGGAAGGGUAACAAUGUGUUUUUACUGAAGGGGAGGUUCAUAUUUGGUCCUGAUGCAAGAUCCUUGUUUGUCACCAUGUUCCUUAUUAUCGCGCCAGCAUCAAUCUUCUGUGCAUUCGUUGCGAAGGGAUUGAUGGAUAGGUUCUCUUAUGCCCUGGGAUUGCCGGUUAUGAUUGCAGCAGUUCUAUUCACAGCAUAUGAUCUGAGUCUUCUGCUUCUAACUUCUGGGAGAGAUCCGGGGAUCAUACCUCGCAAUGCACAUCCUCCAGAACCUGAAGGUUUUGAUGGCAAUGCAGAGGUUGGGGCUAACCAGACUCCACCUGUGCGUUUGCCCCGAGUGAAGGAUGUUGUUGUCAAUGGGAUCACUGUGAAGACAAAAUACUGUGACACUUGCAUGUUGUACAGGCCUCCUCGCUGCUCUCAUUGCUCUAUCUGCAACAACUGUGUGGAGCGUUUUGACCAUCACUGUCCAUGGGUUGGACAAUGCAUAGGACUUAGGAAUUACAGGUUCUUCUAUAUGUUUGUAUUCUCAACAACUCUGCUCUGCCUGUAUGUCUUUGGGUUCUGCUGGGUGCUCAUUGUUAAGAUCAGAAAUGCAGAGCAGAUUACAAUUUGGAAGGCAAUGGCAAAGACCCCUGCAUCUAUUGCUUUAGUCAUCUACACAUUCAUUGCGGUUUGGUUUGUUGGUGGCCUCUCUGUGUUCCAUUUGUAUCUCAUGAGCACAAAUCAGACAACAUAUGAGAACUUCAGGUAUCGCUAUGAUCAACGAGCCAACCCAUACAACAAGGGAAUCAUAGAAAACAUCAAAGAGAUCUUCUUUACAACAAUCCCUCCUUCCAAGAACAACUUCUGUGGUAGGGUCCAACAGGAGCAUGGUCUGAGGCCUCGUCCAACAAAUGGUUUCAUGAGUCCAAACAUGGGGAGAGCUGUUGGCGACAUUGAGAUGGGUAGAAAACCAGUGGCAUGGGAUGAGCCUAGGAUGGCAGCUGAGAUUGGUGAUUUAGGAGCAGGUCUGAGCAACUUGUUGGAGGACAAGGAUGGCAGGUUUCGUAGCGCAUCUCCAGAUCUCAGCCGUGACGCCCUUGCAGUUGGAGGAGGCUUAGAAGAGCAAGGCUCCUCGGCGAUGAACCCUGGGCGUUCAAGCUGGGGAGUUGAAGCAGGUCGAUGAUGGCAUUGACCAUGUAAGCGACUGUAGUGAGAUGCUCAGGGUGGUUAGUGCCAGUUCGUCGCUAAUUUGUUGUUUUGUUUGGGAUUUGUGGUCACUAAUGUUAUUAGACUCAUGACCUGUAUGGCGGUUGUUUCUGGACUUUCUUUUCUUCUUUCUCUUAAUUUGCGAUGUCUUUCAUGUCUAUUUUUUGAAGCAGUUGGUUUGUGAUGUCUCCAGUUUGGCACUGUCAGGUUUCGUCUGUAUAUAAUCGGAGCAGUAAGCCUAAAAUAGGUUUCAGUUGCUUGGAUUUGGAUGGUAUUCGUUGUGAACAAUGUUGAAUCUUUGCAUUGCAGUAAAUGAACAUCGCAUGA